CAUCUCUCUACACUCACUCUACACUCUCCACACUCUUAACAAACUACUACUCAUUCUUGUUCCUCUCCUAACAUGGACCAACACAUUUUCUUCUUCUAUCCACAUCCUUCACCUUCUCCAUUCUGAUCUCAUUCCAAUUACUACCCACAAUUCAACACUACCAAUAAAGUAACAACUUUUGCCCAUUGCAACCUUAACUCGCUUAACUCAAUUACAGAGACGACAUAAAAAUUAUAACUUUUUAUGAAUAAAAAUUGCGUAUACCUGAAUUGAUUCUAAGCUAUUGGUGUAAGAAAGCUUUAAUCUUUCUGGCUGUUCGAUUGUUUCUGUUAGUGCGUGUGUUUCUUUUGAGUUAAUUUUGUAUCUUGAUGGUGAGUGACGGUCACUCGAUGAUGUCUGACGUGGUGAUUCGAUCUAUGCCAAAGAGUCCUGAAUAUUUAGGGGUUUUGAUGAGGCGGCAGCAAGAAGAGGCCGCCGAGAGGGAGAGGGAGCUAGCAAGGUUGCGGAGUGGUUCAGCGCCGCCCACUGUUGAAGGUUCGCUUGCCUCUGCGGCUGCGGCUGCAGGUUUUGGUGCUGGAGGCGGGGGUGGAGGGAGGUAUUUUGGAAGCGAGGAGGAGCUUCGUGCUGAUCCGGCCUAUGCAAAUUAUUACUACUCUAGUUCUAAUCUGAACCCUCGACUGCCACCACCGCUAGUGUCCAAGGAGGACUGGCGGUUUGCGCAGCGGUUAAAGGGUAAUGGUGGGAGGAGAGGUGGUGGUGGUGAUGUAGAGGGUGAUAGGUCCUUAUUCUCAGUGCAGCCUGGUGGGUUUGAGGGGAAGGAGGAGACUGUAAUUAAACCGAGGAAUGGUGCAGUGGAGUGGGGCGGCGGAGGUGGCGGCAAUGGCCUGAUCGGAUUGGGACUUGGGAGUAGGCAGAGGAGCAUUACUGAACUCCUUCAGGAUGAGUUAAAUAAUGCUACAUCGGCUUCUAAGCAUCCUCAGCGGCUUCCUAGCCGCAAUGCGUUUGAUGACAUUGCUGAAAAUUCCGAAACCCAUUUUGCCUAUCUGCAUCAAGAAUUGGAUGCUUUGCAAUCUGGAGGAAAUAAGCAAGGCAUUUCUGCUUCGCAAAAUCAUGUUGGUUUAGCAUCUCAAUCUUAUGCUGCUGCCUUAGGAGCCUCGUUGUCAAGGAGCACAACCCCUGAUGCUCAACUUCUACCUAGAGCCACUAGUCCUUGCCUUCCACCCAUUGGUGAUGGUAGGUCCAGCACUGCAGAUAAAAGAAGUUCCAACGGUCAUAACUCAUUUAAUGGUGUCUCAUCGAGUGCAAAUGAGCAUGCAGAUCUGGUGUCUGCUUUGGCUAGCAUGAAUAUGUCUUCACACGACACAAUAGAUGAUGAGAAGCAUCCUAAAUCACCAAGGCACAAUGAAUCAGAUUAUAUUCAUAAUGUUAAAAAGCACUCGUUCCUAAACAAGUCUGAUUCUUUGCGUGAAAGUUUUGGACUGGAUUUGAGUAACACUUCAGUAUAUGCAAAUGCAAAUGAACAGUUUGAACCUUGUAAGGUUGGUGGAGUAUCUGUUAAUUCACACCUAAGAGGUCAUUCGGCGUCAACUCUUACUAGCAGAGGUACUUCACCUGCUCAAUAUCAGAAUCUUGAUGACUUGAAUACCUCGUAUCCUAAUUAUGGCAUUAGCGGGUAUUCUGUUAAUCCUCCAUCACCAUCCAUGAUGGCGAGCCAGCUCGGUAAUGGCAACUUGCCUCCCUUUUUUGAAAAUGCUGCAGCAGUGUCUGCUCUGGGAGUGAAUGCCAUGGACUUUAGAUCCUUGGGUGGAAGAGGGGCAACUUUAGAUCCUUUGUUGCCUGCAUCCGAGUUACAGAAUGCAAGCAGGUUGGGAAGGCAGGCUGCAGGUAGCACUCAUCAGCUGCCUUUGAUGGAUCCUUUGUAUUAUCAAUAUCUGAGAACCGGGGAAGUUGCUGCUGCAGCACAGCUUGCAGCCCUUAAUGAUUCUGCAAUAAAUAGGGAGCGCAAUGUACUCGAAAAGGCUUAUUUAGAAUCAUUGUUAGCCUCUCAAAAAUCACAAUUUGCUGUUCCUUAUCUAGGCAAAUCAGCUAGUUUGAACCACAACUCCUAUGGAAGUCCAUCGUAUGGUAUGGGCAUGUCAUAUCCAGGAAGUCCACUCGCAGGUUCUGUUUUCCCAAACUCCCUCUAUGGGUCGGCUAGUCCUAUGAGCCAAAGUGAACGGAGUAUGCACUUACCUGGGAUGAGGAAUGUGUCUGGCGGUUUCAUGGGAGCCUGGAAUACAGAUGCUGUCGGCAACUUGGAUGAGAAGUUUGCAUCCUCCUUGCUGGAUGAAUUCAAAAGUAAUAAAACCAAAUGCUUUGAGCUUUCAGAAAUUUCUGGCCAUGUUGUUGAGUUCAGUGCUGAUCAAUAUGGAAGCCGUUUUAUUCAGCAGAAACUUGAGACAGCCUCAAUGGAUGAGAAAAAUAUGGUUUUCCAUGAAAUCAUGCCAGAGGCUUUUGUUCUGAUGACUGAUGUCUUUGGUAAUUAUGUGAUCCAGAAGUUUUUUGAGCAUGGCACAGCGGCACAAAUAAGGGAAUUGGCUGACCAAGUUACUGGUAAUGUGCUGACCCUAAGUCUUCAAAUGUACGGCUGCCGAGUUAUCCAAAAGGCUAUAGAAGUUGUUGAGGUAGAUCAGCAGACUCAAAUGGUGGCAGAGCUGGAUGGUCAUAUUAUGCGCUGUGUGCGUGAUCAAAAUGGGAACCAUGUCAUCCAGAAGUGUAUUGAAUGCGUACCUGAAAAUGCAAUCCAAUUUAUUGUUUCAACAUUUUAUGACCAAGUUGUGGCAUUGUCAACUCAUCCAUAUGGUUGCCGUGUUAUUCAGAGAGUCUUGGAAUAUUGCCAUGAUCCCAAAACACAGCAGAUUAUGAUGGACGAGAUUUUGCAGUCUGUUUGCAUGUUAGCACAAGAUCAAUAUGGGAACUAUGUUGUACAGCAUGUGCUGGAGCAUGGCAAGCCACAUGAACGUUCAUCUAUAAUAAAGAAACUAACGGGACAGAUAGUGCAAAUGAGCCAGCAGAAGUUUGCAUCUAAUGUUAUUGAGAAGUGUCUUACUUUUGGUACACCGACAGAACGCCAACUCCUUGUGAAUGAGAUGCUUGGCUCCACCGAUGAGAAUGAACCUCUUCAGGUUAUGAUGAAGGAUCAAUUUGCAAAUUACGUUGUACAAAAAGUACUAGAAACUUGUGAUGACCAGCAACUUGAGCUAAUCUUGAAUCGAAUAAAGGUUCACCUCAAUGCUUUGAAGAAAUAUACCUAUGGAAAGCACAUUGUUGCUCGCGUAGAGAAAUUGGUUGCUGCUGGAGAGAGGAGAAUCAGUGUUCUGACUCUAAAUCCUGCACAGGUGGUAUAGAAAACCAAGUUUGUGUACAGCUAACUGAGGUUUAAUACAGCUCCUACUCUUUUUUUUGUUUGUACUCUUGUCUGUAUGCAAAAUAUACAGCACAACUAAUUUGAUGCAAUAAAUUGUUAGUUGUACUCUUGAAACUGUACAUUUAUUUGUGUGAGGAGAAGAUAGAUACCUAGAAAUCAUGUUUAGCCUCAAGCUAAGCAGAGGGGGUCAAGGUGGUAAAUGAUGCAUGAUGCCUUUCAUGUGGCACAGACACAUGUAUGGAUUAAGUUUUUUUAAAAGUUGUAACUUGUAAAGGGAAGUGUUUGACUUGUACAAAUUUUUACUAGUUUAUUAUGGGAUUAACAUGUAUCCGGGAUUUUUCUUUUUUUUUUUUUUUUUAUGCAUGAGGUGUUUACAA